AUCUGUCCGAUAUAUUUUGACAAUGGGAAACAGGCAACAGCUGAUUGGAAACUUUAAUGUUUUGAUAAUUUUACUAAACAAUCAUUUAUCACAACUAUUUAAUAAGGUUCAUGGUCUUAAUUGAAAAUCGACAAUGGCUUCUAGAUUCAGUGGGGCACUACAAUUGACGGACUUAGACGAUUUUAUAACUCCCUCACAGGAAUGUAUAAAACCAGUAAAGAUUGAAAAAACGAAGAGUAAAACUGGUGCCAAAAUUAAAAUUGGUGAAGAUGGAUACUUUGAUCUGUCAAGUGGAAGAGAGCAGAAGUUACAAAAAGUUGAAAUUACAUUGGCUGACUGCUUGGCAUGUAGUGGAUGUAUAACAUCAGCUGAAAGUGUGCUAGUCACAAAACAAAGCCAAGAAGAAUUAUUGAGAGUAUUAUCAGAACGAAAGUACACUGACUCAAAGGGAGUAACAAUGGAUGUAAGUUUAGUUGUUGUGUCAAUAUCACCGCAGCCACUGUUGUCCCUUGCUCUAAGAUAUAAAUUGACUGCGCAGGAAGCAACUAGAAAAGUGUCAGGAUAUUUCAAGAAGCUUGGUGCUGAUUUAGUUUUGGAUAUGACGUUAGCAGAAGACUUCUCAUUAUUAGAAGCACAACAAGAGUUUCUCGAAAGGUAUAGAAAUCAACAGAAUGAUCCAUCUGGGAAAUAUCUGCCUAUGCUUGCAAGCUCCUGUCCAGGAUGGGUGUGCUAUGCAGAGAAAACACACGGUAGCUUCAUCUUACCAUACAUAUCCAGUACUAAGUCCCCACAGCAGAUUCAGGGUUCCCUCGUAAAGCAGCACCUUGCCGGAAGACGGGAAUUGCAGCCAUCAGCCCUUUACCAUGUGACCCUUAUGCCCUGUUAUGAUAAGAAACUUGAAGCAUCUCGAGAAGACUUCUAUAGUGAAAUAUACAACUGUCAGGAUGUUGACUGUGUUAUUACUGCGAUUGAACUAGAACAAAUGCUGUCCAGCGAAGACAAAUCACUAUCCGACAUAAUGGAUGGAGAACUCGACUGGCCAUGGGACGAAUGUGACGUCAAGGGGGUCAAGGGACACAUAGGGUCUGGUUCUGGGGGCUACAGUGAUGCCGUGUUCUUACAUGCGGCCGAUCAGCUUUUUGGUGCCACCGACCCACCAUUGGAGUAUAAAAACUUAAGGAACCCGGACUUCCGAGAAGCAUCAUUAGAAAAGGACGGUAAAGAAGUUUUAAAGUUUGCGAUCGCAAAUGGCUUCCGAAACAUUCAGAACCUGGUGCAAAAGCUGAAGCGAGGAAAGUCACCGUAUCACUAUGUAGAAGUUAUGGCUUGUCCAUCAGGUUGUCUAAAUGGCGGUGCCCAAAUCCGUCCUUAUCAAGGGGAAAGUACGCGGGAAUUGGUUGGGCAAUUAUACACAAUGUACCGUGAAUUACCUCAAAGUGAUGACGAGAAUCAAACAGUUUCUCGAUUGUAUAACGAAUGGCUGUCAGGAAAACAUUCGGAUAAAGCCCGCGCCAUGUUACAUACGCAAUACCACGCUUUGGAAAAGAGUGACGUAGCUUUAAAUAUUAAGUGGUAAACAUAAUUUUAUGGUGUAUGGGGUAGAUAUUUCCGUUAUUUUUGAUCGCACUUUAAUGUUUGUCAAAAAGAAUUCAAAUUCCUUGAGUAAGAAUCUAGAACCUCUUGCCUCUUGCUUGCUGGGCGAACUACCUCGUAUUCGAUUCCCGGUUAGUUAAGAUUUUUUUUCCAAUAUCCAAAGCUGGUGAAGACCAAGAUUCUUGCAAUAAUAAUUGUACGAUAUAUUAUGUUUUCAUAAUAAGUAGUGACAUGGAACUUUUUUUUAAAUUAAAAAAAUGUGUAAUAAUAUUGCAUAAAACAAAUGUUAUACGAACUAAAUAUAAAAAAAAACUAUGUAAUAAAUAAUAUUCUAUCAAUGUAUUCCAGUAUUUUGCGUUGUCAAUGGUUGUCUGUGGUUAAACUGUCAAUCAUGACAUUUCAAUAAUAGUUAUUUCAACGUAAUUUUCUUCGCUCUUUAGUUAUAAAUUUAUAAUACGAGUAUGUUCACCAACUGAGUUAUGUCUAUUGGUAUCACAUGUUAUAUUUGUUUGUUGAUCUUAAGCUGUGCCAGCUUCUAAAUAUAAAAGUCAUUUAACUUCGCGAUUAAAAACUUAAUUUCUAUACAUUAUUUACAUGUCCAAUUUGAAUUGGCGCCAAUUUCAUUUUUAGUCGGAUAGAGUUAAAUCCAGGACCGAUACAGUACAGUCAAAACCGUUUACGACGACAUCGUUUAGAUCAACGUACCGGUUAUAUUGACCAAAAUCAAAGGUCCCGGCAGAAUUCUAUUGUAUUAGGUACUUAAUAACAACGUCAUCGGCUGUUACGACCAAAUAUGAGUAGUCCCUUCGAUUUCGUUAUACAUAACAGAUUUUGACUGUAUUUCUUUAAACAUUUUAAAAUCAAAAUAGUCUCUAUUGUUUUUAAUGAAGGUACAAUUUACAAUGCACAAAAAUAUUAGCUCAUACUUUUUGGUUUCCGGUUACUAUAUAUACGCCAUUAAGU